AUGCAGCAUUUUCCAGAAGUGCACGUGCAGCCUAUGAUUAUCCCAAUUCGCUGCUUCACAUGUGGAAAAGUGAUUGGCAACAAAUGGGAGGCUUAUCUUGGUCUCUUACAAGCGGAAUACACUGAAGGUGACGCACUUGAUGCCUUGAAUUUGCGCCGAUACUGCUGUCGUCGAAUGUUGUUGUCUCAUGUCGACUUGAUAGAGAAGCUUCUGAAUUACCAUCCAUUGGAGAAGUAG